CCUUAGGUUGUGUUCUCCUGAACCAGAUUUCUUCUUCCCUUUCUAUGAUUUCGUCUAAUUCCUCCCAUUUUCGUCUCAAUUCUUUCCUUCUCUUCUUUGAUAUUUCUAUGAUUCUUAUCUAAUUUCUGGAUCUUGAUAACAAAUUGUACUAAGAACGAUACAUUUGGCAUCGAAGGCGUUUCUAUCCAUGGCAGAGUUGGUUGUAAGGUGCGAAUUAAUGGUUUUGCAGUUGAAGUAUAUGAGGUUUUCCUUGGAUAUGCCCUCACCAAAUCGAGAAUUUAACCUUCGGGCAACAGAUAUGAUGAUUACCAUUACAGAGAUGAGUUUGAAAUCAAUGAUGUUACUCGCCGAAUCAUAAAAUCAACAGUCAUCUAGACAACAGUUAGUUAAAGAAGUUGGGGUUAUGGAGGAAAUGAAGAGUGAGGAAGGGAAUUCUAAAAAUUCAACUUGAGCUUCCAACCUAAUUUGUGAUUCUAAUUCUCAAACUCCAAUUCCAGAUGAUGUUAGAUCUCAAAUGUUCAAAUCAAUUUCCAGGGGUAUUGAAGAUGAAUCUCUCGAUUUCGAAGUGGUUCCCUCGUUUUUAUUUGAGGAAAAAGAAGAUUCAAUAAAUUCAGAACGACAAGAAGAAAAAUCCCUCGCUAUUCGGAGUAAUUCGAUUGAUGUUCUUCAUUUUCAAAGCGAAGGCGUUGAGAGUAAAAUAGUAAGGGACUUCAUCAAUUGAAGGACAAUAUUGCCUAUGCUUGAAGGAGUUUUUCAUUCUAGACAACAAAGUAAACGGUAUGAGUUAUUUUUAUCUUCAUCUGGAUGAUGUUCGAUCGUUAUUUGACAGAGGUAAAAAAGCUAUUGUCUUAUCGAUUUCUUAUGAGAAUUUGGUAAAUAUAUGGAUUCCUAGCUUGGGGUACCAGUCAGAUUUGUGGUGUAUGCAUUUGAUUGUUAGUUUUAUGUUUGUGAUGCUGCCAGUUAUGAUGAGGGAAUGUUGCUUGUUAAAAUGAUUGAUAGAAUUAGACCUGUGUUAAUCUUGUUGGGUAGAGUAAUUGAAAUAGAUAAGGUGCUUGAACCUCAGGGUAUAAUUCUUUGGACUGUACUAUGGAGUUUGAAUAAAGGUGGUGCUUGUUUUAUAUUAAGAUGCCAGUAACUUACUUGCCUGUUCAAGUGAUACAGUGUUUUAAUUCAACUAGCAAUUUGGUGUUGUUCCACGGCUAUUUUCACAUGUUCAUCCUUGCAGUUAUUGGAGAUAGUUUUAGGCUUCUAAGAAUGAAGUUUUUCUUGCAAUAUUCAUUGCCUACAUCUGUGAAUUAUGGAAGUGUUGCUACUCAAGUUAAAGGUAUGCAGUUAUUUCGAUAUCCAACUGUUAUUCAUUCUAUGUAUUGUACUGUACUUAAAUCUUAUGUCUUCUAUCAACUAUGGGGUCUACCAUACCAAACCAUGGGAGGCUAUAUCAAGUUUCAAUUCUAUGUCAGAGUGGUGGGAACUCAAAGAUGGUUCACUGUGAAUUCUACUAUACAUGUGCUGCUAGUGGUGACUUUAUGGAGUUGUGAAUUGGUUCCGACAGUUUUGAGGAGUGUGGGAAUUAUUUUAACCCAACUGUGGUACUUGUGGUUCUCACCAGCAAAGCAUUCUAGCUGGACAGCGUAUCUUCUGAUGGGAGUAAGAUUGCUUGUUUGGACUGAUGCUCAUGCCUUGAUGAACUUUCUUAAGUACAUGGUUUAUGAGAGAUUUUCGAUCCGUGCAAGAGUUGCACAUUAUGUUGUGAAGCACUGUGACACAAGAAAUCAGAUUUUCAAAGAUGAUUAUUUCCAUAUGCUUCUUAGGCAAUUUCUUCCCUACACAAUCGACUUCACCAAGGUGUUAUGGAGUCGUUUGAAGCGAAAGAAAAAGAAAACGUCCAUUUGGAGCGUAAAAGGCAAUGAGUAUUAUGGCCAUUCACAUGUCAGUGUUAUCUGGAGCCAGUCACAGGUUAAGGGGAUACUACUUGGUGGCAUGUAUCCAUUAGUGGGUGCAAAUAGCCAUCCCAGUUCACUACACAACCCAGAAUUCUCUUCUCAUUACAACUCACCUGAAAUUUAGAGAUUGGUGAGGAAAAAUGGCUGCGGCUUGUCACAAAAUUUGAGAGAUAAAGAGGAGGCGCUGAUAAUGGAGAAGUUGAGAGAGCCAGGUCAAGAAAUUAGAAAAUAAGAUGAAUAUGAAGAUAAGAAUGGGGAUCUGAUGUUGUUCGAUGAUGGAGAUUCGAAAGUAAAGAGGUUUGCUGUUAAUUGCAAAUCCAGAGAGGAAUACAAUGAAGAGGUAUGUGAAAUUGAAGUUAGGUGUGAAGCUGAUGUUUCUGGAAGAAGGAUUUGAAGUCGAGAAUGAAUUGAAAUGGUGUUGAAUCUCUGAUGGAGCUCAUAAAUUAGGAAGGAAAUUAGGGUUUCGUUGAGAGAACGGUGGCCUGAGAUUAAUUGGGUUUGCAGAGAUCUAUGUGUAGGAUUCGAAUCAAUUAAUGAAACGAGUGGUGAAUCAGGUGAUGGGUUUGUUAGUGGUGAUUGAGAGCAUGAAAUGGAAGAGAUGAUGAACUGCUGCAGUUUAGAACUAAUGGGUGUUGCAGCUGUUGAAUUGUUGUAACUGGAUGGACCUGUGAUGUUAUGGUUAGGCCAAAGUGGAGAAGAAAACUGGUGGAUUUCUGGCUGCAGUUAAGUUCAGAGUUGCAGGUGAAAGUAAUGGCAGAUACGCUGUUGAGAUUGAGAAAAGUGCUUGAAUUGAUAUUGUGCUGCUAAAGAGUUGUGUAGGUUUGCAAGUCUGAUGCAGUGGUGGAGUAACUGUGGUGAUCAAGUCUGAUGUGAGGUUAUAGUGGGUGCUGGUGGAAUUAUGCACUUACAGGCAAGGCUGAAUGGAACAGUUGGUAUUGUGCUGAGAUGCUUGUUGUGGAUUGAACUGAAAUGAAUGGAAUCAGAUACAAGUGGAUGUUCUUGCUCAGAAGGAGAUUGUGGUGUUGUUGUUAGUUAUUGCAAGUAGCUGCUGCAGGAAAAUGGCUUUGGUGGUUAAAGAGAGACAUUGAAUUGGUGGCAUGGGUUUGAACUGACAUAGCUAAGCAAGAAUCAGGAGAUGGCUAGUUGUUGCUAUGAACAAGGUCUAGAAUGGAAUUGAGCUACAUAUUAGUGCAAACGGUGGUGCCGAUGAAAUGGGAAUAACGGUUAAGUUGCAGCUGAAAUGAACUGAUGAUGGAAUGGAAUUGGAUGGGGAGAUAUCAGUUGAGCAGGGUCUGUAAUUGGUGCAAGGGAAUGAUUUGAGAUGGAGGCAUUGAAGAAGCUGAGUUGCAGUUGUUGCAGAUUGAGACCAUGGUUGCUGCCAAGGAACUGAAUUGCAGCUGCAUUGCAAGUAGAUGAGCAGAUGGAGUUAUUUAUGGCUCUGGUGUUGCUGUAACGGAAAUGGAGAUCGUGUUGAUGCUUGUAGCUAUGGUGUUGGUUCGACUGGUUGCAGAAGUGGUGGUAUUUGUAGCCGAGGACAUUGCAGGUGAGAUUGUGGAGCUGUUGAAGUGUAUUAGUGAAUAGAACUGGUGGUGAUGAGCUUAGAUGCAUGUUAGGAAUUGCAGGGAAGUGACAGUGCCUGAACAAGACUGCAGAAGUAGUGCGAUAAGUGAGCGAAAAUGGCGAGCCGGUGGUACUAGUACCGGUUGCCGGAUCUCAGAAUGGAAAGUGGGAAUUGCAAAGUUUCACUGAAUCAUGAAGGGGGUUCGGGUCGGAUGCAAGAGUCGACGGUGGGAUAUAUGAGCUACGAGUCACGCUUUUGGGCACGUUUUCGCAAGAACAAGGAAUUGGCUUAAGUGGUUCUUUUGUGAAUGUGUGGACUGCAAAGAUACUGGAAGUGUAGAAUUGCCUGGUGAUAGGUUUUGAUCAUUCAGGUGACCAUAGACAGUUUUUCGAUGCCGGAUUCCGAUGACAGUGACCGAAUUCCGGUGAUGCGUCAGCAAUUCGGCGACCCAGUUUUGGACCCAGAAUUUCCAGAAGAGAUGUUUUAACACAUGGGCUUGGUGGACCAAUUGGAGACGGGUUUUGAGAAGACUUGACCUAAUUUUGGAAACAAUAUCCUUUUGGAAUUGGAGAAGCAUAUAAAUAGAAAAGUCUUUCUCUAAAUCUAGAGAUAUCUCCAUGAGGGAUAUCUUUGCUUCUACUUUGUUCUAGAGUUUAGAAACAUGAAACUUUUUCUCUUUUUUCUUGUUAUGAACUCCUUGAGCAUGAGUACUUAAUUUUAUUAUUGGUUAUGGAAUAGUUGGAUUUCACAUAA